UAAACAAAUAAACAAAACUUGAUAAUUCUAUCGAAAUUCGUAUGAUUGGGUUGCCAAUCCAAUCAUUAACACAAUUUUGUCAAGCUUUACGAGACCAGCUCUUUAAAACCCCGUAUUCGUUGCUACUAUAGACUUAGCUAGGCAGUUGAUUAUUCGGUGUACACUCUUUUUGAAUAUAAAUGGAGACUGCUAAUAAACCAUCCUAUGUUGUGAUUGCAUAUGAUGCAACUAAAGAACGUGGUAAAGAUGAGCUUAAGGUCACUGUGAAUGAGAUCAGAAUGAGAGGUGACAUUCUUCGUGGAGGCGAUACCCUUCGUGUGCUUGGCGUUUUGCAUUGGAUCACUCACCCUUUGGGUUACCAAGUCAAAGCAUGUGCUGAUAAUUUCGGAACAAGUGUUCGUGCAAUGGAGGAAGAAGUUACACAGAAAACAGAUGCAUAUAAAAAUAUGCUUCUCCCAAGUUCUGAUGAUUGUGAAAAGGAAGGGGUUAGCAUUGAAGUUAAAGUUGCUGCUGCAUCGCCUCUUAAGAAGGUUAUUUUGCAAGAGGUAUAUGCGUGUAAACCAGCUUGGGUUAUAUUUGAUAGGCAUCUGAGAAAGGAUCUGAGCUUUUAUCUGAAACAAAUACCAUCAAAGGUUGCAUUGAUUCAAGAUAGCUUGGCUGUGGAAAUUUUGAGACCCCAUACAACAAACGAAACAGAUGGCCAUAUAGAGCACAAGCUGCCUUUCUCCAUGACGAAAUCAGUUCCCCAACCCAACACUCAACCUGGUGAAAAUGUUGAUCAGCAGUCUAUCUCCAACAGCAAAAGUCAUCCUCAAAUCCAAAGCUCAAUGGAUAACGAUUUGAUGUCAUUUUCCAGUUAUGGCUCACGGGAUCAUUAUUUCUCAUCUGAUUCUAGGGCUCACUUUAAGCAAGAAAAAUCAGGCCAGCAACUUUACUCACCUUCUCAGUGGAUAAAAAUUCCACAGCGUAAGAGUCUCUUGCAGAAGAGAUCCUCAGGAGCUCCUAUUCUUUGUGCUGCUUGUGGGCUGAGAACUGAGCUGUAUAUCAAGGAUUCCAUGAAAUUCAGCUUUCCCGAAAUUCAGCAAGCAACAAAUGAUUUAUCCAAGGAUAAUUUACUUGGAGAGGGUGGAUUCGGUCAUGUAUAUAAAGGUCAGCUUAAAGAUGGACAAAUGAUUGCAGCAAAGGUUCGGAAAGAAGCAAGUACUCAAGGGUUUGCAGAAUUUCAGUCAGAGAUAUAUGUCCUUAGCUUUGCACACCACAAGAACAUUGUGAUGCUUUUGGGUUAUUGUUGCAAGGAGAACCUUAACAUUUUGGUGUAUGAGUAUAUCUGCAACAAGUCUCUACAUUGGCAUCUAUUCGAAAAUACACCUGUCCUUGAGUGGCACCAAAGGCAUGCCAUUGCCAUUGGAACUGCAAAAGGAUUGCGUUUUCUACAUGAAGAAUGCAGAGGAGCUCCUAUAAUUCAUCGCGAUGUGCGACCAGGCAAUAUACUUCUCACGCAUGACUUUGUUCCUAUGCUAGGUGACUUUGGCCUUGCCAGAUGGAAGUCUACUGAGGAUCCAGUGGAGACCAAAGUCCUCGGCACUUUCGGGUAUGUUGCUCCAGAAUAUGCAGAGAAUGGCAUAGUUUCAGUGAGGACGGAUGUCUAUGCAUUUGGCAUUGUUUUGAUACAAUUAAUAUCAGGACGCAAGGUGUCUGAUACAACAAGCGGCGAAGAACAUUUAUCUCUGAGACAGUGGGCUGAACCAUUGAUUGAGAAGCUUGCUUUACAUGAACUCAUUGAUUCUCGUAUCGAAGAUUCAUACGAUACAUACGAGCUAUAUCUAAUGGCCAAAAUAGCUAACCGUUGUUUGCAAAGGAACCCCGAAAUGCGGCCAUCCAUGGGAGAGGUGGUGCGCUUUCUUGAGGGGGAAAACAAUCGUUUUCACCACAUGGGGGAAAAUUUUUUGUCUAGACAUACAAAGUAAUCAUGUGGAUGAUAUACUACUUCUGUAGUUUCCCUUUUUGUAAUAGUAUAACAAGUUUUUCCAUUGCUGUGCAUAUUCAAUAUAGCAAGAACUGGUUAGGUGAACCGUAAGCUUAAUUUUCUUCUCAACGCUGAGUUGUGACACAUAUAUAUUAAGCUGUUUCCCUUAUAUGUUUAUAUAACAAAAUUAUACGGACAUAUUUUGGAUA